UUCUCAUUUUACCUCACUUUCUACUUCAUCAUGAGUGCUUUGAACUUCAGUUUGUUACAAAAUGCAUCAUUUGUGCGUCCAGAGUACUUUUUCAUCAGUGGAUUUUCUGGGCUACCAUUCAGCCAGUACUACUUUGUUUUUUUAAUUUUAGUCUAUAUUGUUUCAGUGUGUGGGAACUUAAUGGUCCUUUUUGUAAUAUUAGUUGAUCGAAAUCUGCAUAUUCCAAAAUACAUGGGGGUCUUUAAUUUAGCUCUUUCAGACUUUGGUGAAACAAAUGCACUGAUUCCUAACCUUGUGAAGACCUUCUUUUUUGAUUCACAGUACAUAUCCUAUGAAGCUUGUUUGGCUAACAUGUUUUUUACUUUUUUCUUUUUUGGUGGACAGUCUUUAACUCUUGUUGCACUGGCAUAUGACCGCUUUAUUGCCAUUUGCUUACCCCUGAGAUACCAUGCUAUUGUAAAUAACUCAUUCAUGUUUGCAACUUUAACAUCAAUCUGGAUAUUUAGUUUUAUUAUAAAUGGCAUAACUGUGGUUUUGAUUACACGACUUUCAUUUUGUAAAACCAAUGAGGUAAAGAGCUUUUUUUGUGACCAUGGGCCAAUUUAUACAAUUGCUUGUAAUGACAACAGUAUAAACUCCUUCAUGGCAAAAUUUUGUACUGUAGUAUACCUCUAUGCACCAUUCACUGCCAUAAUCUUAUCAUACGUAGGCAUUCUGUUGGCCUUAACUAAGAUUACAACAUGGGAGGGUCGCCUUAAGGCACUGAAAACAUGUGUCUCUCAUCUGCUGGUAGUAGGAGUAUUUUUCCUACCUAUAGUAAGUACAUAUCUUGCUGCAGUAACUGUCUCUCUCCAUCCUAAUGCUAGGAUAAUCAAUACUUCACUAUCAAGGACUAUUCCACCUAUGUUAAAUCCCAUCAUUUAUGUCUUGAACACAAAAGAUUUCAGAAGCUUCAUAGUGAAAAUGCUUAAAAUGAAAACCAGUAUAAUUCCCCAGGUGCACACUAUAGCAAAGUGA